UUCCUGCCGUGCUUCCGUAGUCCGGAAGUCCCGUUAACACGUGCGUCCUUUAACGUUAUUUAAACCUGUGACUCGUAAAGACACCUCUCACAAAUACACAGAUGCCCCCCCGGCCUCUGGAGCCUCUGGCCAAGCGGCUGCUGAAGGGCCUGCUGGCGGUGGAGCUGCUGGGCCUCCUGGGGGCGUACGGACUCUUCCACCAGAUGAACAGCAGCAGAGAUUUCAGGAGCACAAUGAAGAGACGGUUUCCAUCGGUUCUGGAAGUUUACUACCAGUCCAACGAGUGGGCGGGGCUACACGGCCUCCGCGAGAAGGACCGCGAGGCCUGGGCCCUCAAACAGGAAUGAGGACGCUGCUACUUCCUGCCCCUCUUGGCGCCGCCGCCGCCGGACACCCUGCCCCCC